ACCACUGGAAAAUAUUUGUCCCACUCUUGGUCAGUCCUGAAACAACCUGUCAUGUAUGAUGUGAUUUUUAUUUCCCCCCCUCCUCAUGUCAUGAAUAUCUGUAAAGCAUGCCUGCAGAUCUACCUAAUGGAGCAGGAGCCCAGGAUACCUGUAUUAAUCUGAAUAAAAACUCCGUAGCUGCCCCGACUUUGGAGGUGCCACCUGUACCAGAAUUUCCAUCCACACCUUUACCACCUAUGAGUGAAAACGGUGCUAGGCCAGAACCUGCGGCUGCUCUUUUGCCGACAGCAGAGUCCUCCCCUGGCAGUUUCCCCUCUCCCAGACUUUCUGAACUCAUUGCCGCAGCAGCUCCUGGGAGAGAAGUUUUGUUUGAGAACCCUUUGGAAGCCUUACCCAAGUGCGCACCUCAUCCCCCUGCAAUUUUUGAGGUUUUAAAUACCAGCAACCAAGUAGCCACAGUGUCUGAAGUGUCAUCUACUUACACUAGGGAAAUAACUGCGGAGUUGCCUGCUCCAGAUGCAGCAAGCUUUCUGACAGCUGAUAAAGCGCCUUCUCUCCCCGUGAAGUGCACCGUGGCCACGCAGACCUCUGAGCUCCUCCUGCCCACCACCACGGCUGUGCAGCCACCUUUGGCAUCCCCCCCUGUGGAAACAGCUCUCGUGCUGCCUCCCACUCCUGCCAGGCAUGAUACAUCUCUGCCUACUUGCGAAACAAGUUAUUUCAGUAAAAUCUCAAGCUGUCAGUCUAAAUCGUCCGUAAGUCAUACAAGCGAUUCCCUGGAGGCUACCCAGUCCGCUGCCUUUACAGCCGCCUCGGCGAGGAGCAUGCCCGCCCGCCAAGAAAAUGCCGACGUGAGACCUGCUCCCGCCAGCACUGCAUCUGCUGCAGCCCUCAAGCCAACGGGAGCCCCGGGCGCUGCCAAGUACUCAAGCUGGCAGCCUGCAAACCAAGCAGCUCCUGCCAGUGGAUGGACAUCAAACAGCGUUAAACCACCUGGAACAACUGACCUGAGUGAAAAAUUUGUGACAGCACCUCAGCUAAAUGAGCAAGACACGUUGGUUCAGAGGGCAGAGCAUAUUCCUGCGGGAAAGCGUACUCCCAUGUGUGCGCACUGUAAUCAAGUCAUUAGAGGACCCUUCUUGGUGGCUUUGGGGAAGUCGUGGCAUCCAGAGGAAUUUAAUUGUGCUCAUUGCAAAACCUCCAUGGCUUACAUUGGAUUCGUGGAAGAAAAAGGGGCACUGUAUUGCGAGGUCUGCUAUGAGAAAUUCUUCGCUCCUGAGUGUUCCAAGUGCCAAAGGAAGAUCCUUGGAGAAGUAAUAAAUGCUUUGAAACAAACCUGGCAUGUUUCCUGCUUUGUGUGUGUGGCCUGUCAUAACCCCAUCCGCAAUAAUGUCUUCCACUUAGAGGACGGCGAUCCCUACUGUGAGACGGAUUACUAUGCCCUCUUCGGUACUAUGUGCCAUGGCUGUGAAUUCCCCAUUGAAGCUGGAGACAGAUUUCUUGAAGCUCUGGGCCACACUUGGCAUGACACUUGCUUUGUAUGCUCAGUAUGCAGUGACAGUUUGGAGGGUCAGACUUUCUUCUCCAAGAAGGACAAGCCACUGUGCAAGAAACAUGCUCACUCUAUCAACAUCUGAUGCUUGGAGCUUAUCUUGUGUAACAAGUGUACUGAGCAGAAAGAAAGGUUAAAAUGUCCGUGUUCAAUAAUUGGUUAAAUUUUUUUGUAUACGAUUUUCUAGAAUGGAAGAGAAAUGUGGGAACUUGCAGAAGGAGUUGUACACUGAUUUUUAGAGCAUUUAUCAGUUAGGGUUUUGCUUCAUAAAGAGAUAGAAAUUGGGAAUGCACCCAAGCCAAACGAUUAGAGUGCCUUUACCUCUACACUUGGCAUGUUACUAUAUUGGUUUCAUGAUUUUAUGACAACAUUGAUAUCUGCUUCAGUAUGAGCAGUGAAACAUCUAUAAAAAUAAGUACCUGAUAUAAGAAGUCUUGGUUUGCUGCUAUUCAGCAAAUAAAAGGAGGUUGGCUUCAGCAAUCCAGAUGACUUUAUUGUGCUGAUGUUCUUUAAAGUUUGUCUAGAAGUAUUGCAGCUAAACUUCAUUAAGAGGAACUCAAAGCAAAGAUAAGAUUAUACGGAACAUAUAGGUCAAUACUGGUAUUUUUAUCUGAUGCUCCUAUACGUGAAGCUUCCUGCACCAUUACACGUACCUGUGCCUUUGCAGUUAAAUCUCUGAUGGAUCUGCAAAGGACAGAGAUUUUUACAAAGCAGUUAAGUGGGGUGGUGACUAUGCUGGUGAACAAGAAUAGUUUAGAAGAUGCCACUUAGAAGAAAACAUAAAAGGGAUACUCUUCUUUAAUUCCUGUACUACCAGAACACCACCCAAAAAAACCUGCUAGUGAAGGUGUGAUUGACAGGAUGGAAAUGCCAGAUCAGAUCUUAAACAUAAGGGAGCAGGGAAUCCCACUCCUAGGUUCGCAGUUCGUGUUUUAGAUAGUUGUAAGUGCCUUGGAAAGGGGAAAUUGCACUGAAUCUGCAGGUAACGGUGUUUUAUAUCGAAAAUGUGAGACUCUGGUGUUGAAUGAGGGAAACUGCUGAAGUGCAACUGAGGACAUUGUUUUUCUCUCAGUACAUUGCUUACCAUUGUAGCUUGUGAAUAUGUAUAUUGGUGGUGUGCCAGGUAGUGUACCGAAAACUUAAUUUCUUGCUCAGCUGUUAGGAUUUUUAUUAGUUUAGGUUUUAUUUCUCUCUUUUCCUCCAGAUGUGGGGAAUAUAUUGUUGAAUAAUAUAGUACUGAGUUAGGCAGCUCAGUAUCUCUCAGUUCUUGCAAGGGAGCGGAGGGACAAAGCUGUCAUUAUGCCUUUACUGCGAGCCAGGAGACGCAGCCAAUUCUGUGGCUCGAUACGAAUUUUGCCUCCAUACAGAGAGUCAGCGCAAGACCUGCGCGCCAGUGAAGUCCCACUUAACUUCAAAUUAGGGCUUAAGUGGUACGGAGCAAUCGUAGGCAGAUAGGGAAGAGGUGGCAACCCUCUGCAUGGGGUGAAUUUCACUCCAGCAGGGUUGCACUAAGGGCCACAUCAGAUUCCUGAAGGAAACUGAAUUUACAUGCUGUUUAAUUCAGUGGGGAUGUCAGAGUUGAACUGUUAGUCUUUAGUGCUCUUUCUAGGAGACUUUAAAAGUAACUAUUUAGUAGUUUUGUUG